AUGAAUAUUAGCUAUUGCUUAAUUCGAGGAGAUGUGACGGUCCAUAAUAGUCCCUACUAUAAAUCAAUAAAAUUUUCUCCAGACUGGAAAGACUUGGAUACGAGACAAUUACCUCGAUGGUACGAUGAAGCAAAACUUGGUAUUUUCUUGCACUGGGGUGUUUACUCGGUACCUGGUUUCUCUUCUGAAUGGUUUUGGAAUAAUUGGAAAGGAGGCGAUAAAAAUAUAGAAAAGUUUAUGACACAACAUUAUUCCCCAGGUUUUACAUACCAAGAUUUUGCACCUAUGUUUAAAGCUGAAUUUUUUGAUUCAAGUAAAUGGACAGAGUUAUUUUUAAAAUCUGGUGCAAGAUAUGUUGUCCUGACUAGUAAACAUCAUGAUGGCUAUACUCUAUUCCCAUCUGAAUGCUCCUUCAGUUGGAAUUCAUAUGAGGUUGGCCCUAAAUUAGAUAUAGUGGGGCAAUUAUCCAAAGCUGUCAGAGAAGUUGGAUUGAAGUUUGGUGUAUAUCAUUCUUUGUAUGAAUGGUACAAUCCUAUUUAUGUAGAGGAUAAGAAAAAUAAUUUCUCCACACAUUAUUACGCUGAUACAAAACUGUGGCCGGAUCUUAAACAGCUAAUCAAUGAUUAUAAGCCUUCAGUUCUCUGGUCUGAUGGAGAUUGGGAAGCUUAUGACACAUAUUGGAAAUCAACUGAUUUUAUAGCAUGGCUGUACAAUGAGAGUCCGGUUAAAGAUGAAAUUGUUGUAAAUGAUAGGUGGGGUAUAGGAAUACCUUGUAAACAUGGAGACUUCUAUAAUUGUGUGGACAGGUAUAAUCCUGGUGAGCUGCAAAAACACAAGUGGGAGAAUGCUUUCACAAUAGACAAAAAGUCAUGGGGCUUUAGGAAGACAAUGAGCUUGAAUGAUACAAUGACUACAAGAGAGAUUCUGUACCAAGUAGCAUCGACCGUUAGUUGUGGAGGUAAUGUUUUAAUUAAUAUUGGGCCGACUCAAGAAGGCACGAUAGCUCCAAUAUUCGAAGAAAGACUUAUAGACCUCGGCAACUGGCUUAAAAUAAACGGUGAAGCUAUAUAUAGCACUUCUCCGUGGUUAUAUCAAAAGGACUCGCUAAAUUCUGACGUGUGGUAUACCUGCGCCAAAACUCCGUACAACUCUCAACACCCAACAGCUAAACCGCGAGUAGAUGAUGACAUUUCGGGAAUUUUCGCCAUAUUUCUGUCCUGGCCUAGCAGCAGUCUUUUGCAAUUGAAAGACGUGGUGUCUCAUCUUCAGACUGGUAUUUAUAAGAUCGAGUUGUUGGGAAACAAAGGUGUUGUGAAUUGGAAAAUCGAAAGUGGAGUAGUUAACAUAGAACUUCCAGACAAGGCAGCGGUUGUUUCGGAAUAUGCAUGGGUUCUCAAAAUAAGCAUCAAUUGA